CCUUGCGUAGGAAUGAUAAACAUAAAAUUCAACACGAUGGUUAUCCCUAAGGUGAGAAGGAAAGGAGAGGUCACAGAGUGGGGGUUUUGUUUUAUUUGUAAUGUUUCAGUUCUGUUUUUGAAGUAAAUGUGACAAAUUAUUGAGAUGAACAGAGCUGGUGGUUGGGCCAGAGGGAUUUAGUAUAUUAUAGUCUACACUUUUCAGUGUGUUUGAGAAACUGCAUUUAAAAAAAUUGAAGCAUAACUUCAGGAAAUCAGUUGGGAUGGAGAGCCGGCAAGUUCUGGUAGGGGGAGGGUUGGGGGAGGGCCCUGGCCACGUGUCUGGGAUCUGGUGGAGGAGGGACAGGCUGGCAGGGCGUGUGAAAGGAGGUGCUGAGGAGUCAGAUUAAAGCACUAUCAGAGUUAAGGGUUGGGCCCAGGGUAGUCCAGAUGUUCACGGAAGUGAAAGCACGGGGGAGAGCAGUGAGGGUGUGUGUGCAGAGGGUGUGUGCCCUGUAAACCCCAUAGACGUGGCAGCUCCGGGUAGGGACCGAGCUGGGGUGGUAGGCUCUCCUUUGCCUGCUGGCCGCCAGUCCCCAGGGACCCUGCUGCCAGGCUGGACAAUGCACCAGGCUGGCCACCAUCCCUGGCUUUCUCCGGCUGUGAACAGCUCAGUGGGGCAGGAGCCCCAUAGGCAGCUUCCGGCGGUGCUGGAGGGGGCUUGGGAACCACCGCAAGGAGUCGGGCUGCCCCUGCUCACCGUCAUUGUUGCCGUCUUUGUCCUGUUGGCAGUCUGCAUCAUCGUGGCAGUCCACUUUGGACCAAUGCUACACAAGGGCCAUGCCACUCUCCCCACGGAGCCCCCAUCCCCAAAGCCAGAAGGCGGCAUCUACCUCACCCACUGGCGAGUGCUGGGCUCCCAGGACAGUCACGAAGGCACCCAAGAGGGACCUCCUGUCUCCGGCUCCUGCCCUGUGCCAGAUGGGCCUAGAUUCAGCAUCGAUGAAGUCACGUUUCUUUAGGAGGGAGACUUUGGAAAGUUGGCCUGACCUGGCUCAGAAUGAGAAACUGGACAGAGAAUUAGGGCAAGAGCAAAUUGGGACCUAGGCAUCGGAGCUUCAGAAGGGCGCACACAGACCCAGCUGGAGCUUCGCUUUCAACAGAAUAUUUAUAGAGAAAGCCCUGAUGUGGACAGGAGAAAUAAAAGAGGCUUGAGGCCCUGACCAGAAACAUGCUGUUCUGGGCAUUCCCAGCGCCCAAGGCUACCCUUACAAAGCUAAUUCCUCCUCUUUAGGAAUCACCAGACCCCUGAACCUCUUUCUCUGAGUUCCUACUCCCUCCUCCACCCCUAACCUCCUCCCGUUUUUGGUGUAAAAGUGAGUCCAGCUUGGAAGAUUCCACUACCCACCCUGCCCCUAUGCAGGGAUGUUAGAGGCUCCCAGUAGAGCACCAUGGAGAGCCAAGGCAAAGAACCCAGGGGUCUGCCUUCUCUGGGACUCAGGAAAGGAAGGAAAAUCUGUUGCCCUUCAUCAACUGGGGGACAUCCCAUUGGCUUCCAGGGCUCAGGCUUUGCCAAUUAUUUCCAAAGCUCUUAAAAGCCUCAAGCACUAAUUAUAUCUCUCCAAAUUGUUUUUGAAUGGUCCCCACUAUCUUGGGGCAAGACUCUGUAUUGCCUUCCCAGGAUGGGAUGGGGGUAAUUGAGGGGCUCUCAUUACCUCCCAUUUUCCAUGUGCAUCAGUCUGCUGAAACCAGCCUAGAAUUUACCCCAGGGCACUUCCCAGAUCCAGAACCUUCUAGCUGGUGGGAAAACAGAAAAGGAAAAGGAGCUCCAUGGGGCCUGUCUUGAGAAAGGAACUAUUGGAGAGAGGACCUGCAAAGGGAGGGGCAUGAAGGUUGGGAAGGUGCAGGAGGCCAGGAAGGCAGAGCCGAGCCUCCCAGUGACUCUCUGGAAAAGUACCCAUUUCCCUGACAUCUUUGAACCUCACUUAUGUGAAGCCAAGAACAUACAGACAGACAUUUAUGGGGGGACUUCUGGGUGCUUUACACUGGGGAACACCUGAGGGCAACAAGUCAACCGUGGGGAUUGCCCUCGGUGAGACCUCGGCACAGUCAAGGAGGCUGGGAAAUAACAGAAGAUGGAGAGGAACAGAGAUGAGGAUUGUAAUGUGUGCAGAGGACUGGCUUGCCUCCUUUGGGACUGGUAAGAGGAAGCUAUAAUGCUAAUAGCUGCUCCUUCUUAUGGGCCUGCUAUAUGCUGGGCUCCAGGCUCAUCCUGGACAAACAGAUACUAUACCGUUCACUCCUCAUAACAAUCUUGGGAGGAGGAGCCACUGCUAUCUCUAUUUUAUGAUCGGGGAUAUCAAGACACCCAGGAGGACACAGGUACUAAAUGGUGUAGUCAGAAUUUGAACCUGGGGCUGUCAGACCUCACAGUCUGGGUACCAAUUUGGGUGCUGGAAGGAUGGGGGAUGGUCAUGUUGGGGAGACCCUUGAUUCUGGGCUGGUUUCUGGGUGUGAUGUUGGAGGAUCCUCAGGCCUUAGGGGCAGAAUUGCUGGCAUAGUGGGGGAGAGGACCCCAUGUCUCUGUCAUCCUUGGGGGCAGUGGGUUCCUUCUGGCAAAUGUGUGUCCGGGUGUGGAGUCUUUCUCCACAGUAAUGCACUCAGAAAUUCAUACUGAGCAUUUGUGACAAAAACAAAAGUUGGAGGGAGGAAAUAAGCCCUGGGUGGAAUUAAUGGAACUGGCAGAAAUGGGCCGUCUGGCCUCCCAGAUGGGGGCAAUUUUGCCACCACAGUGUUGUUGCAGUGGCCCAGUUCUGACAGUGAUGGCAUAAGGUAUAUGGCAGGUGGCUGGCUGUGUUAUCCAAGGUCCCCAGGGUGUAUCCCAUCACCUCACACAAACUCUCAUCCUCUGCUUAUCCAGGGACUCUCAUCCGGGAUCAUUUAUUUAGUGGCCUGCUUCUUUGAGCAGCCCCUUGUCCAGGACAUAACUGUGUACCCCUCAUGGCAUUUGUGUGCUGGCUCAGCCCGCCCCCCCAGUCUCCCAAGCCUCCCACUGGAGACAAGGUCACUAAAAGGGCAGUGGAGUGAGGGUUGCUGCCCAACUCUAUGCCCUGUCCACUGGUUGACUCCAUCUAUAAUGAAUUGCUAGCGACCACCCCACCACCCUGUACUAGGAUGAGGAGGGGUAUAAGGAAGUGUGUCUGUGCAAGCAGAUUUGGACAUUGCAGAUAAUAAAGGCCAAUUGCUUGUUUCAGUCAGAGUCUGACCAGAAAAAGAUGGCAUACUUCUGUAAGUAAUCUGAGGAGUGUUUAAAAAGGGACCACUUAGAAAGGGCAGGUGUAAGGAAACCACUAGGGAGAGCAAGUGCUCCAGGAUGAGUAUCAGACAGGAGCCAGUAACCACUGCUGGGCCUGAAGAGGCAUGGGGAGGAGGCACUUAAUGAGACCUGGAAAUAAACAGGGCUACUGAAAUGGUUCUCGAGCUGUAACUUUAGGUCUAGAGAUGCAGAGCUCACAGUGACCUUGAUACCGCAGGGAGGGAGCUGGGGGCAUAAAUACCCUUACCCUCUUCUUCUCCUCCCUCCCCCCACUAGGGCUCCCCACUGAUUGAACAUGAUCAGAAGCCAGAGGACCAGGGAGCCUGUUGAUGCCAUAGGGAGGCAGGGAGAAGUGGAGAGUAGGUCUGAGGGUCAAAUGGAAGACACCUGGAACAUCCCUUUUGUUUACUGGGCAUUUAGAGCCUACAGAAAACUUCCAGAUAGCUGUAGCCCUCACAACACCCCUGUGAGGUAGGUGAGGCAUUUCAUAGAUGAGGACAUUGAGGCCCAGAGAGGUUAAACAAUUUGCCCAAGGUCACAGGAUUCUUCUUGAGAUGCCAAGUCCAGGGACCUUCUCUGAGAGGCCCCCUGUGGGAGGAAAUGGCUCUGCUGGGCCUCCAGCUGCUGAAGAAAUCCCCUAAACCAGAGUCUUGGGAAUGGCUGGGGGCUCAGGCAAGGUAACCCUGGGCUUCAGAAGACAUCUGUGCGGAGCGGGAGAGGCUGUUCCAUGCCACUGAUAAGGAGCUCAGGCUCUUGG